UGUCUGAAGAAGCUGAAGGCAUCAGUUGAUCUCGACAAUAAGUUAGAAUGGACAUUCAAUAACAAUACAGAGGGAUCCAUAUGCGGGUUCAAUGGUGUGGAGUGCUGGCAUCCUAAGGAGAACAUGGUCCUUUUGCUUCAUCUUGGUAGCUUUGGUCUUAAGGGCGAAUUCCCCGAUGGACUUGAGAAUUGUAGUAGCAUGACUUUGUUGGAUCUCUCAAGCAACAGCCUCUCUGGACCUAUCCCGGCUGACAUCUCGAGGAGAGUUCCAUUUGUUACAAACCUUGAUCUGUCAUUUAAUAGCUUCUUGGGAGAGAUACCAGAAGCACUAGCCAAUUGUUCUUAUCUCAACAUUGUCAAUUUACAACAUAACAAAUUGACUGGAACAAUCCCAGUUCAGCUUGCUGCACUCAGUCGCCUAGCCCAGUUUAAAUUGUCAGGGCAGAUUCCUUCAUCUUUGAGCAAGUUUACAGCCUCUGAUUUUGCAAAUCAAGACCUUUGUGGGAGGCCUCUAAGCAAUGAUUGCACUGCCAAUUCAAGCAGUCGAACGGGGAUAAUUAUUGGUUCUGCUGUUGGUGGUGCAGUUAUAACUUUAAUAAUAGCUGCUGUUAUUUUAUUCAUUGUAUUGCAACCCUCGCAUUCUUCAUAGGAACAUUAGUUCCAAGUGCAUAUUGCUUGAUGAUGACUAUGAGCCUAAGAUUUCUGAUUUUGGCUUGGCAAGGCU